GGGGCCACGUGAUGACGCAGGCCGCACGUUUCCGGCCUGAGAAACCGUCGCGUUUCUUAGGAGACCCCUCAGCAGGGAGUUACCAUCGCUCCAGGAGAUUCUCGGUCGUCCACUUAGAUAACCCGCGUCACCAUGGGGGCUGUGCUGGGCGUCUUCUCCCUCGCCAGCUGGGUUCCAUGCCUUUGCGGUGGUGCAUCCUGUUUGCUGUGUGGUUGCUGUCCCAACAGUAAGAAUUCCACUCUGACUCGCCUCAUCUAUGCUUUCAUUCUCUUCCUGGGCACUAUUGUAUGUUGUAUCAUGUUUCAUGAAGGGGUGGAAACUCAGCUGAAGAAGAUUCCUGGCUUCUGUGAUGAAGGACUUAAAACCAAAGUGGCUGAUAUAAACAUGGAUAAAGAUUGUGAUGUGCUGGUUCGUUACAAAGCUGUAUAUCGAAUCAACUUUGCCUUGGCCAUCUUUUUCUUUGCUUUCUCUCUGUUAAUGUUAAAAGUGAAAACGAGUAAAGAUCCCAGAGCAGCGAUACACAAUGGGUUUUGGUUCUUCAAAAUUGCUGCCAUUAUUGGUAUCAUGGUUGGAUCUUUCUAUAUCCCUGGGGGCCACUUCACCACAGCCUGGUUUAUUACUGGCAUGGUGGGGGCUGCCUUCUUCAUCCUCAUCCAGCUGGUGCUGUUGGUAGACUUUGCUCACUCUUGGAAUGAAUCAUGGGUAAAUAAGAUGGAAGAAGGAAACCCAAGGUGCUGGUAUGCUGCUUUACUGUCUUUCACAAGCUUUUGUUACAUCCUGUCAAUCGUCUUUGUCGUAUUGCUCUACUCAUACUACACCAAACCCGAUGGCUGCACAGAAAACAAGUUCUUCAUCAGUUUUAAUCUGAUCCUUUGCGUUGUGGUUUCUAUUAUAUCAAUCCAUCCAAAAAUUCAGGAACACCAGCCUCGUUCUGGCCUCCUGCAGUCCUCUGUCAUAACCCUCUACACCAUAUACCUCACAUGGUCAGCCAUGUCCAAUGAACCUGAUCAGUCCUGCAACCCUGGCCUGUUGAGCAUCAUUACACGCAUGACCUCACCAACACUGGCUCCUCCUGGAAAUGCAACUGCUGCAGUCCCUACCCCUGCUCCACCAUCGCAGAGUGGGCCUUUUCUGAGUCGAGAGAAUUUUAUUGGGCUGAUUGUCUUUGUUCUCUCCCUUUUGUAUUCUAGCUUCCGCAAUUCCACCAAUAGCCAAGUAAAUAAGCUGACCCUGUCGGGAAGUGACAGCGUGAUCCUCCGAGAUACAGCUGCCAAUGGCGCCAGUGACGAGGAGGAUGGGCGGCCCCGGAGGGCUGUGGACAACGAGCGAGAAGGGGUGCAGUACAGCUACUCCAUGUUCCACUUCAUGCUCUUCUCGGCUUCCCUCUACAUCAUGAUGACCCUGACCAACUGGUACAGCCCUGACGCAAACUUCCAGAGCAUGACCAGCAAGUGGCCGGCUGUGUGGGUCAAGAUCAGCUCCAGCUGGGUCUGCCUCCUCCUCUACGUCUGGACCCUUGUGGCCCCACUCGUCCUCACCAAUCGAGACUUCAGCUGAAGCCUGAGUGCCAAGGAUGCCUCUGGAAUUCAUAAAGGUCUCCUUUGCUGAAAGCUCAUACCCGUUUUACUUUCGCUUCAACUAAAAUACUAAGCGAAUGCUGUGCGAAUAAGACUAUAUCCAAGUUUAUAUCUGAGGGCCAGAUUGAAUAAUGCUUGAUGCGGGAUCAGAACUUUUCAUUUAUAUCUAUAUUAUGUUUAUUUGUAAGGCUAUAGAGCAAAAGGAACAUUUUGCGUUUUACAGUGAACUACAGCUGUGCUGUGAAGAGAGUUCUUUAUUAAGAUUUGGAGGUUCCUACAACUUUGAUUUAAAAUGUGGGAGAGAAAAAUGUUGCAUAUUUGAGGCCAUCAUUAAUAUAUUUCUAUUGUAGUAUCCUUAAAAAGCAAAAUAAUUAUAAUGAUGCUUUUCUAUGACAGUUUUCCCCUGUGGAAGUCUUUACUUGUGUGAUGCAGGCCUCUGUUCAGUCUUUAAACUCACAGUGCUUGGUGGAAGGAGUAAGUAUGUGAGUCUUGGCACAGAAGAGGGGUUGAUGAUAUGGCUGCUGCUUCUCCAUCUUGAGUUUUUUCAUUUACUUUUUAUAUACUACAGCAUUGAUGCUGCUUGAUUCAAGCCUGUGGCUUUGCCAGAAAUGUUAAUUUCAAUAAGUGCUUUGUAUGUUUGGUUAAAGUGAAGAUUCACUUGGGAAAACAGUGCGACUUUGGUCUCUGUAAUUCUCGUUAUCAGUAUGUAAAAGUACAAUGCAUGUGAAUUUAUUAUAUUUGCACUAUAAAAGUCUUUGAUUAAAACAGAAAGAUUAAGCUUUUAAGGCCCUUUCUUUAACAGCUUUUAUGAGUUAGCAGCCAUCCUAUGUUUCGUAGACUUCUGUGGGCAGUCAGGUUUACCAAGCAUCUAGCAGAAUACUCCUCUUCCUUCUAAAACUUAAGGUCUGACUGGUGAGUAAGUUUUGAACUUAUACUAAAAAUUAUACCAACUAUCUUUUCUGGUGAGGACUCUUGGAUAGAUGAGAGAUAAGACAAGCACCUUGGGAAACUUCUUCAAGAAAGGUAGCACAGAGGGUGGCAGAAUGGUUCUUUCUUUUAGCGCCCUGUCAGGUGCUGGGAUACAGCUUUGACCAUGACAGACGUGAGCUCUGCCAUCUUGGACUCAGAGUUUUCUGGAGGGUAAAGUGAGCUGACAGGUGAUACAGUAUGUUGUAAUUAGUGCUAUGAUUUAGGAAUUGCAGAGAACUCCCAGGAGUGAUGCUGGGUAGGGGCAGGAGUCAUGGUAGGCUUCUUGGAAAAAGUGCUGUCUAAGCCAAGAAGAGUUACAAGUUAGCUAAUAAGUGAGAAACGGGGAAGUGGAAUGGCACUGCUGAGGGUAGACUAGGCCGUGGUUAAGGGUUGGGAGAUUUUUUUAAAAAUAAGGUGUUCAGUAAAGCUGGCAUGGGGAGCGGUUGGCAGGGACUAGGUCAUUGGAGGGCUUUGUAAACCACACUGAAGAGUUUGGACCUUAAGUGAGGGCAGCAGGGAACGUAUUCAGAGUGACAUGGACAAAUGGUAUCUUCAGUCACUGCGCCUGAUACAUAGAGAAGAGAUUUAGAGGGAUGAGACCAGAGACAGUCCAUAUGAGAUCUGAAACAGAAAAGUCAAAAUGGAGAUGGAGAAAAACUGACAGACAAGAGCUACUUAGUAAUUAAAAUUUUCAAAUUGGCAACUGAUGCGCUCUGGGGGAGAGGUAGAUUCCUGAAUGAGGCUGGUUUAAUCGCCUGAGUCCAUGGUGGUUCCAUUGAUACGGUGAGAAAAAUAGGAAGGGGAGGAACAAGUUGUGCCAGAAGGAAGAUGGAGAUGGUCCCUAAGAAUGGCCAAGGGAAUGGGCUUGGGAGUUGGGCUCUUUGAGUUUGCAGACAGCUUUGUCAUUUCCUAUCAGCUAAACAGGUCAGUUAAUAUUUAUUGAGUAUAUACUAUACUUAAUGACCUUGGGCAAAUGAUAAGCUAUCUGAGCCUCAGUGUUUUCGGUUGAACAAAAGACAGCACCUAGUAUAUAAACUUGUUUAGAGAGUAAAGUCACUUUGUAAAAGUGUUGACCCCCUUUUAAGCCCUCAAGUGAUAGCUGCUAAUCUUAGUUUGGGCUAAAACGAGACUAGACAAUAGUUAAAGGUCAGAGUUGUUCAGCCAUAAUCUAAUGGAGGUUAGACUUGAGGUGUUUUUUUUUUUUACAGGAUUAAACCCAUGGGACAUAGAGGAGACAAUCUCAGUUGAGCUGUGGGUCAGGAAGCAGGACUUGAUAGGAAUUGUUUGAACUGCCACCUUUUAAACCAGUACUUUAUGCUGUGGCACGGAGAUAACGUUGCGGGGGAUUUAGGGGACAGAGAGGGGAGGUACAGCACCUUACUUUGCUAGUAUAAAGCAAUCACUCCAUUUUUCUUCAAGCAGAGCCAGCCAGAUUAAGACUUUUAAAGGUCCGGAACUUCAAAAACAUGACCAUGUACCAUUCCCCCACCUUAUGUUCCUUAAACCAAAAGCAAUACUAAGCUGUAAAAUAAGUGUAACAAAGUCCAAUAAAGUUUUUAUUUUUUUUCUCAUGA